AUGCCCCACGGCCUACCGUCUUCCACUUUCAUUCCCUCCUUCCUCUUCUUAUUCUUGUUUGACCGCGAAAUCUUAGCGAGGUUGUGGAACUUCACAAAUCCGUGCAAGGUUGCGGUACAGAACGAGACUCAGAACGUCGCCAUCUCCGUCAGCCUUGCCAUGGAUUCGGCGUUGCACACCGAGACAAGAGAAGAUGGAGUAGAUAUUACUGCGAAUUCUCUUCAUCCAGGAAUUAUUAACAACACAAAUAUAUAUCUUCAGAAUCGAUUUAUGACAGGUCUAAGGAAUAUUGUAAGUCCAUUUGUACCUCGUUACAUAGAGCGAUUUGUGUUGAAAAAUGUUGAGCAAGGAGCAUCAACAACAUGCUAUUUAGCAUUGCACCCAGAAGUGAGCGGAAUCAAUGGAAAGUAUUUUGCAGAUAAUAAUAUUUCAGAAGCAUGUUUGCAGGGAUGGGACAUGGAUUUGGCUAAGAAGCUAUGGGAUUUUAGCAUGAAUUUGACCAUGAAAAAUGAACAGUGA